CGCGAUGCCGCUCAAGAAACCCGACCCGAAGAAAGAAGCAGCCAAAGCGGCUCCAGUCCCCGAGCCGCCCAGAGAGCCUGCCUUCGACCCCAAGAGCGUGAAGAUUGAAUUCCCCGCAGAGCAGAUCGAAGAGUUCAAAGAAGCCUUCAGCCUGUUUGACCGGACGCCCACGGGAGCCAUGCAGAUCACCUACGCACAGUGUGGAGACGUCCUACGGGCACUCGGUCACAACCCCACCAACGCAGAGGUCCUGAAAGUGCUGGGCAAGCCCAAACCAGAAGAAAUGAACACAAAGAUGCUGGACUUCGAGACCUUCCUCCCCAUCCUGCAGCACUUCACCCGCAACAAGGAGCAGGGCACCUUCGAGGACUUCGUGGAAGGGCUGCGUGUCUUCGACAAGGAGGGCAACGGGAUGGUGAUGGGGGCCGAGCUGCGCCAUGUGCUGGUCACGCUGGGGGAGAAGAUGACGGAAAGCGAGGUGGAGCAGCUCAUGGCAGGUCAAGAAGAUGCCAAUGGCUGUAUCAACUAUGAAGCUUUUGUCAAGCACAUCAUGUCUGGCUGAAAGAAGAAACUUCAGGUGAGUUUAUCAGAGCCUCCUGCUGCUUACUCCAAAAUUGGAAAUCCUGCAUAUAACAGCCAGGGGCAGAGGAAUCAAAACCCAAACCCCACAAGCAACCCUGCAGUGGACUAAUGCUGCAGGAAUAAUCCCAGCUCUGAAAGCACAAAAAACUGUGUUCACGGUAAUGAACUUCAUUUGUAUCUGGUGC